AGCCGGAGAUUUGCCCGGUCACAAAACAACUGCAGCCAAGCCAAUCCCCGUGCCUCUCAAUGCGCUUGUCACUGCGGUACAUUGUUGAUUCAGGACGAAUUUGAUGUCUUGAAGCUGCAUUUACUCAUGCCACAAAGGUCGAAGCUGUCCGGCCCCAUUGAGCAGCGUUUCAAGUGUCUUACCCAUCCGGGCACUCACCUUGACCUCCCUUGAUGCAGCAAGGACAGUCGCAGUGCAAACCAACCUGCGGUAUCUCACGUCGGUUCCUCUACCAACCGCGAAUGGGUUCCUGCCGCGAUUUGCAACAGGACUGCAGCUAAAGCUAGCAUAUGAUGAAAAAGUCCAAGGUCCUGUCGAAACCCAUAACUCUUCACCUUGCCAACCUUCAACAUGCCCUCUCGCACCAACGAUCCUCACGAUGAUACUUCCUCCACGGUUUCGAUCGAGGAGAUGGGCUCCAGGAUCAGAGCAACCAAAGCACCUGGCAGCCCCACCAAAAGAGAAGAAAGGACCAAGGCACAAGAUGUAGCAGAGUUGAAAGACUACCAAUUAGGCGAUUGCCUGGGGAAGGGCGCUUUCGGUUCAGUAUACCGAGCCUUAAAUUGGGGUACUGGCGAAACGGUGGCAGUGAAGCAGAUCAAAUUGGCAGACCUGCCCAAAAGUGAACUCAGAGUGAUCAUGCUGGAGAUUGACCUGCUGAAGAAUCUCGAUCAUCCAAACAUCGUCAAGUACCACGGAUCCGUCAAGACCCCCGAAACUUUGAACAUUAUUCUGGAAUACUGUGAAAAUGGGUCCCUCCACUCAAUCUCCAAGAACUUUGGGCGGUUUCCGGAGAACUUGGUGGCUCUCUACAUGUCCCAGGUGCUUCAAGGUUUGGUCUACUUACAUGAGCAGGGUGUCAUACAUCGGGACAUCAAGGGCGCCAAUAUUCUUACGACGAAACAGGGUCUAGUUAAACUGGCGGAUUUUGGUGUCGCCAGUCGUACCAGUGGUUUACAUGAGUCUAGUGUCGUGGGCACUCCGUACUGGAUGGCCCCAGAGGUCAUCGAGCUUACAGGAGCAUCCACCUCAUCAGACAUCUGGAGUUUAGGUUGCACGGUAAUCGAGCUGCUGGAUGGUAAACCUCCGUACCAUCAACUCCAACCCAUGCCGGCACUGUUUCGCAUCGUCAAUGACGACCACCCUCCUUUGCCACAGGGCGCUUCGCCAGGUGUGCUAGACUUUCUGAUGCAAUGUUUCCAGAAGGACCCAAAUCUGAGGGUGUCGGCCAAGAAACUUCUGAAACAUCCUUGGGUAGCGAACGCUCGAAGGACUGAUUCAGUGAAACCACAGGUCGCCACGGAAUAUACUGAGGCUGUCAAGAGUGUGCAAGAAUGGAACGAGGCAUUGAAAGACUCCCCUCCCAAUGGCAACUCAAUACGAAAGGACUCUGCUGCCUCGACAGCCAGUCCGACACCCGCAACGAGAGACUUGCUUCGGCCUCUCAGAAGUCAAGUCAAAUCUCCCAUUGCGGCGCUCAAUAAGGAUGAUAGCACGAUCAAGUUCCGCUCAAUAGAGGACGACGACAAUUGGGACAAUGACUUCGCCACUACCAUAUCCCCCCGCACUUUUGAACUGCCUCACUUGAGACCCUACGAUAACUUUAGAGGCAUGCUAUCGUCCGAUAAGCUGAAAGCUUACGCAACCAUUGACUCGGCAAUGGGCAAGGAGAAUGAAGCUCUUAUCCAAGACAAAGACUCUACGCUGAAGGCCUCCUCCGCACCAGAUGUGGAUAACUACAAGACCGUCCGGCCAGCACCACAAAAGAAGCCCCAACAGACCCAUGCUCGUCACAAGUCGGAAGCCCCCUCGAAAACGAAAAGCAAGCCUACACCAACACCUCGGAAAGUUUCCCUGCCGUCUGCACACCAAAACACAAACCUGUCGAAGAGCAAACCUCCACCGUCGAGGACCACGGCUAAUGAACCUCCGACUCGACGAUACCGGGAAAAUUCGAUCGAAGACUUCUCGGAUAUUGUCAAUGGUAAUGAGCUCGCAUUGGAUACCAAGCUUGGGAUGAUGCGACUGCAAAAUGAAGCACCAUCAAAGAUCCUGGAUUCCCCAAGCGUCACAGACCUGAUGCAAAGCAUGAGACCUUCGAAUACCGCCGGUAGUCUCAGGCGGGCCGCUGCACCCAGGAAUAAGCUAGCAGUGCGAAGGACGAGGUCGUCUAUUGAGAUUCAACGGUUUGCCGAGAACGAGGAAGAUGAAGACUUCUCCGAUGUUUUUGCCCAGCCCGGCUCGAUCUUCGAGAAGCCCGACAGCGAAGAUGGCUCCGAACUCAUGCUAAACUCGAAGAUGUCAAGCUUAUCUUGGCUUCACGAUGCCGAGGACGAGGAUGACCCGUUUGCACAACUUGAAGAAGGGUUACCAGAACUGGAUCUUGAGUCCAAUAUAGCCAGGGACAAACAUGCUCGACUGAGGACGGAAGUGGAGGCUCUGGUGGGUCAACUCAAGAUUCUGCAGGACGACGACGCUUUACUGCAGAUUUCGGAAGACCUCAUGAAUUUCUUUGACUUGUUUUCGGAAACCAAAAGUGUCAUUGUCAGCGCACAUGGUAUGCUUCCUAUUCUCGAAAUUCUAGAGGACUGCAUGCGUCUCGAUAUUGUUUUGAAUCUGUUGAAGAUCGUCAACGCCAUUAUCUUUAACGACGAAGAGGUUCAGGAGAAUCUGUGCUUUGUUGGUGGGAUACCCAAAAUCAACAAGUUUGCGUCCAAGAAGUUCCCUCGGGAGAUUCGCCUUGAAGCUGCAGCUUUUGUACGACAAAUGUAUCAGACAUCUACCCUCAUCUUACAAAUGUUCGUGAGCGCCGGCGGGCUCACAAUCCUUGUCGAUUUCCUUGAAGACGAUUAUGAUGACGAUCGGGAAUUGGUCCUUAUUGGGGUCAACGGUAUCUGGAGCGUGUUUGAAUUACAAGGGUCGACUCCACGGAACGAUUUUUGCAGGAUUCUCUCACGCAACUCUGUACUAGAGCCUUUGUCGCUAGUCCUCAACAGAGUUUUGAUCGAACCCUCCGAUUCGGGAGAUCAGAAAGAGUUGGCAGCCUUGUGUGAAGGGCGGAUUGCCAGCAUCUUCUACGUUUUCUCACAGGCUGAGAAUUAUGUCAAAGAGCUGGUAGCGGAAAGAACAGUUUUACAUCGAGUUCUUAAGAACCUCAAGCGGAUGGUACCAUCACACCAGGUGACCAUGUUGAAGUUCAUCAAGAACUUGUCGAUGCUUUCGAACACCUUGGACGCCUUGCACAACUCUAACGCCAUCGAUGUGCUAGCUGAAUUGCUCAGCAACAACAUGAAUCAGCCACAUUUUAGGGAGAUGUCGAAUCAGAUUUUGAAUACCAUCUACAAUCUAUGCCGAUUGUCGAAACGACGACAGGAGGACGCAGCAUUGGUCGGCAUCAUUCCUAUCCUCAUCAAGAUCGUCAAACAAGAGAAAACUCCUGUGAAAGAGUUUGCGUUACCAAUCUUGUGCGACAUGGCCCACUCAACGCGCGCAGCUCGACGAGAGCUCUGGCAAAACAAGGGCCUGGGCUUCUAUGUCUCCUUGCUGUCAGAUCCAUACUGGCAGGUGACCGCACUCGAUGCGAUCUUCACCUGGCUUCAGGAAGAGACUGCUCGUGUUGAGGACCAACUUCUGGAAAACCAGAAUUUCACCUCAGCUAUCAUUUCAGCCCUGACUAGCAGUAAAUCAACCUCCUUUGAGAACCUCCUGGAACCUUUACAGAAGUUGCUAAGACUGUCCCCACCACUUGCUGCUUCCAUGGCGAGAAGUCCUGAACUGUUUGGGACUUUGGGUCAGAAACUUGGCCACAACAAGCCGGCUAUCCGCCUCAACUUACUCCGUAUCAUCGGCAGUAUCUGCGACUCAACUGAAGAAGGUGGCUUCCUUCUUGAUCAAUAUGACCUCACCGACGUGGUCCGGGAACUUUCAUACUCGGAUUCGGCUGUCUUGGUUCGCAGCAUGGCAGGCGACCUGAUUCGUGCGCGUGAAGAGAGUGAUAAUGCCAGUAUCAAGAGUGGUCAGGGCGGGAAUUCAGCAUCGAGUGGCGGUCGACGUAAACCAGGUUUCCAACGACGAACUAGCUCCACCACUCCACCUCACCUGCUUGAUCGUCAGAUGAAUAUGCCUGCUUCCCCUCAACUGAGUCGUUCUGAACGAGCAAGUAUGAGCAUGUACGAUCCGCCAGUGGCUCAAACGCCUCGACGCCAGCGCAAUGGUGUCUAUGUCAAUGGAACAAGCGCGAUACGGCCGGCCAGUCGGGAUGGGUCGUCAUAUGUUCGGGACAAUUCGCCAGCAUUUGCCAUGCCGACCCUGACGCGAGCGAACACUGCCAGUACAGUUACGGAGAUGACGAUCAACAAGAGUCGUUUACCACGUCAAUCGACUGUGGGUAGUACAGUGAGUGGUCAACAUCGGCUGUCGAGACAAAGUACUCGCGAGAACAUGAUCAGUUCGGCAAGGGCACCAACAGCCAGCUCGAUUGAAAAGGAGUCGUCAAAGCGACCACAUCAAAACAAUAGCAGUGGAGGUAGCACACCUGCUGCUCUGACUCCAGUCCAAGAAGCAAGAGUCCGCAGAGAAGCUCGACACGGUCAUAGCGCUAGUUUGAGCAGUACUGGGGCCGGAGUCCGUCCGAGUUCUCGGCAGGGUCCGGGGCAGGGUCAAUCGCAGGUCGAAGUGACCGUCGCUCGGCGGACGACAGCUCGAAGACAAGCUACCGGAGAUGAUCGUUGGGGUUGAAUGUUUGUGGGGUUGUUUUUGUCAGCAUGGUGGAAUACUGUUUCUUCUCCUUGGUGUCUAAAAAUGGGAUGGCGCGAUUCUUCGCAUUGGGCUCUUUGCUUUCCGUGGGCGUUCCACGCAUGGCAUGGGGAAUGGUAAAGAUAAACGAUUGACGGAUUGAGUAUGAUGUUAUUUGUACAUACGGAAACGAAAGGCCAGAGAUGUGGUUUCGGGGUUCCGGCCUCUUCAGGAGGUCGGACUUGUAUAAUGAAAGUCAGAGCAGAUUACGUGCUCGUGUUUACUCUACGG